AUGAAAGUGCCAACAAUACUCAAUAGCAUAAUGUUUUAUCGCCUCCUAUCGUCAAGUGUUCAAUUCGCGUCCUGCGACAAUCGGGACCCUAAACCCAGGAACGCCGCUCAAACCCGGAAUAGGGAUAGAAAAUACGCUGUGGAUGUGGAUAUUGGUGAGCUUAGUCUAUACGAUUUAAAGAAAAUGGUGGAAGAUGCUGCAAAUACUGUAGAACUCCUGAAGCUGCUGGUCAAGUUGAAGAUUGAGAAUAUGGAGCUGAGAGAGGCCCUAAGAAAGCGUUCUAACCUGCGCCAUGGGGAGGUCGAAGAAUCCGAGGACACCAGUGAAGGAUCAGAAAGCGACAUUUCAAUGGAGAUACAGGAAAUCGGCAGACCCAGGUCUACUCGAAGAGUUAGGAUGCCCUCUGGCGAUGAAUUUGUGGACGAGCCUAACGAAGAUGAGAAGCCUGACGGAGAAGUCGUAUCCACGAGUGUUUACAGGGUGGAUAAUUGCGGUAAGGAGGACACAAUCAUAGUAGAGGAGUACAAAAAGAGGAAGCGGCCAGAAUCCCAGGUUUCCACUGACGACGAUUAG